AUGUCUAUCUUGCAAUGGAGUCGCAUUAUCGCCGCAAAGUUCACAUCCGACAAGCCUGAGAACGUCGAGAUUCGAAACAAAAUUCAUGACAUCAAAGCACUUGUACGAAACAACAGCGCAAGCACGCAACUAUACCCAGGCGUUAAUGUCAAGUCCAACAAGGAUGCAGCAGGGUACGAGUUCCUGGACGAUUAUGAUCAACAAGGCAAGAAACCUAGACGUGGUACUCUGUUCGUAACGGACAAGUACAAGAAAGGGGAUUGUUAUAAUGUCCACCUGUUUGACUACCCGCCGUCCACUCACGUUACCUGUCAGGCGAUUGGACGGGUGCGUCGGUUCGGGCAGCUCUACCCCUUUCAGGUCUUCUACUACCGCUUGCUCAACUCAUUCCAUUUCGAGUUGUGCCUGCGUGGCAUGUUAGUCCCUCAGAAGCUACUGAGAUCAAUACCAGGAGCGCGGACAAAUAUAAUCAAUUAG